AUGUUAUCGUCGGCGAUUGUGAUCCUCAUCCUCUUCAUCCUAGCCGUCGCUGCUUUGCUCCUCUUCUACUACCUCCGCCGCCUCCGAUCACAACCUCUCCGUCAACCAGCCGCCGCCGCGCCUGUCCAGAGCUCACACUCUCGCCGCCGGCAAGUCUCUCCUGCGCCUUCCUCCGCCGGCCUCCUCCUCCCGCGCUUCAAAUUUUCCGACCUGAAACGCCCCGGCUCCGUCACCGUCGGCGGAGACUGCGCGAUUUGCCUGGCGGAGUUCGAGCCGGACCACGUGCUCCGCCUCCUCCCUCUCUGCCUCCACGCCUUCCACGUGGAUUGCAUCGACAGCUGGCUCGCCGGCGACUCGCUGAUUUGUCCGGUUUGCCGCGCCGAGGUCUUCCGGUCCGACUCAGACCUCCUCCAGGCAGCCUCCGCCGGCGGAAGCUUCCGGCUGGCAAUCGGCAGCGUCAGCCGCGGCCGGCGGCAAGACACGGCGGCGAAUUCGAGCUCUCGAACUCACUCAAUUCGCGGAGGUGAAUUCGAGUAUGUUGUGGAUGAGGAGUGGGAGCUUCAACUGAGAGAUGCGGUUCUUCUUCCUGUUCACGACGAAGGCGAGGAUAACGAGAUCGUCGCCGUCGUUAUCGACAGUCAACCUCCGCCGUCUACGGCGCAAACUUUGGAGUAUCAGAGCUCCUGCGGCAUGAUUUUCACAGGGAGCAGCCGUCGUUGGACGGAGUUAUCCGAGGGACUGGAAAUGAUUUACCGGUGGCUAUCCUGA